CCUCAGUUGUUAGUUAGGUAGAGUUUGUCAAGGAAGCCAGGCCUGCGCUGUAGAUUUCAAACAAAGGACUUUUUCUUUGUCAUCUUUGGCAAAACGAUUAAGUGUCGUCGUGAUGAAGCUACAAGUGGUCAGUGCUCUGUUGGUUGUUUUGAUGGCGGUGCAGACGAACGCCCAAGGCGACACAAUGUUAAAUAUGCUUUUGAUGCGAGCUCUUUCAGGCGGCGGCGGCGGCAUGAAUCAGGCUACUAGUUACGGAGGUGGAGGUGCAACUGAAACAGGCACCGGAAGUGGCGGUAGAGGCAGUGGGGCUUCAAGUGGUGGCUACGGUAGUAGCGGUAGCGGAGGUGGUGGAAGUUCGAGCAUGUUUGGUGGAGGAUUCGGGUCGAUGAUGGCUAUGUCAGGCGGAAUGGGAGAUUUCAUGAGGGAUACCUAUUUGUGUAGAAUGAUGGGCGGGCAAGCAAGAAUGAUGUGUAUGAUGAGGGCCAUGAAUUGAGGUUCUGUUUCAACGCCAUGCUUCGUUUCCAUCACAUAAUGAAAGUGUGUGCCAAUCUAUGACAAUACUUGUUACGUAUGGUCUUGUUUUUACGAACAAUCUCAACUCCAAUACAAGAAACCUGUGGAAUUUGAUUUGUUAAAUGAUUAAGCGUAGUUCUUCAUGUUUUGAAACAUCAUAAAAACUAUUGUUUUACAUUCUAGAGUGUCUCAAGACCGCUAGUGAAAAUUAAUUGAUCAUGUGUCUGCUUUUUAUACCUCAAUAGUAAAUAAUGAAUAAUUUGUGUUGCAAUUAUAGAACUAUUUUUUGCCCAAGUAUAUUGUUGAUGAGAAACUAUAUUUAAUAUAUAUAUAGGUCAUGUUUGACACACCCUACACGGCCUCGGGGACGUCCAUGUUGUUUUUUUCUUGCCGUACUUAUUUCUUGAUUAUGUCUCGUGAUUGGUGGUUGAUUCUGGUAUUUUAGUUUUUAUUUAAUUUAUUGCAUAUGUCUGAAUCAGGUUUAUAUAUUUAUUUAUUAAGUUGUGUUUGAUCAAGAAACAUCCAUAUUUAGUCUACGUUGCUGUAUUAUCUGUACAGGGUAGCAAUUACUAAUAGUAAGGUUUCAAAUAUGUUAUAUCUACAGUUAAAGUUGACCUUUUGUUUAUAUAUAUAUAUAUAUAUAAGCGCAAUUACCGUCUGAAUAGCUAUUUAUUUUUACAAUCAGAUUUGUCUUGUGGUUGUUAGUUUUAGAUCACAUUUUACCACUCUUACUUUUGCGCAUCUUCUAAAUAUGUCAAUUAAUAUACAUACAUCUGAACAUGACAAAUUAUGAUAUCGGCAUGCAAGUUUUUAGAACGUGUUGUUAAAUAAUAAAUAAUAUUACAUUUGAAUAGGAUACCUGUUAUAUUUUUCAAACAUUAUUUUUUUUUUAAUUCAGAUGUGUUCCUUUAAGGUCUUCAGUUUUAAAUAAAGACUCAAAACUUCA